GGGGGCUGUUUGCAAACUGCGCCCAUUUUGUGGGGCCGAAUCCGCCCGGGCGACGCUCCUCCAUCACGUGUCUGUUCUCUGGGGAGGCAGAAAGGGGCCGUGGAGCUGGCCUCGGCACCGGGAGAGGCUGGACUUCCUGUCUCUCUGUGCUGAAUGGCUGCGAUGGCGCCCGCUCUCACUGACGCAGCAGCUGAAGCACACCAUAUCCGGUUCAAACUGGCUCCCCCAUCCUCCACUUUGUCCCCUGGCAGUGCCGAAAACAACGGCAACGCCAACAUCCUUAUUGCUGCCAACGGAACCAAAAGAAAAGCCAUUGCUGCAGAGGAUCCCAGUCUAGACUUCCGAAAUAAUCCUAAGGAAGAUUUGGGAAAGCUGCAACCAUUGGUGGCGUCUUAUCUCUGCUCCGAUGUAACACCUGUUUCCUCGAAGGAAUCGUUGAAAUUGCAGGGUGUCUUCAGCAAGCAGACAGUCCUUAAAUCUCACCCUUUCUUAUCUCAGUCCUAUGAACUCCGAGCUGAGCUGUUGGGGAGACAGCCAGUUUUGGAGUUUUCCUUAGAAAAUCUUAGAAGCAUGAAUACGAGUGGUCAAACAGCUCUGCCACAAGCACCUGUAAAUGGGUUGGCUAAGAAAUUGACUAAAAGUUCAACACAUUCUGAUCAUGACAAUUCCAGUUCCCUCAAUGGGGGAAAACGAACUCUUACUUCAUCUUCUCAGGGGGGUGAAAUGGUGGCAUCUGAAUCAGGGGACUUGAAGAGGGGUAUGACCAAUUGCACUCUUCCACAUAGAAGCCUUGAUGUAGAACACACAACUAUAUUUAGCAAUAAUAGCACUGCAAACAAAUCUUCUGUAAAUUCCAUGGAACAGCCAGCACUUCAAGGAAGCAGUAGGUUAUCACCUGGCACAGACUCCAGUUCUAACUUGGGGGGCGUCAAGUUAGAGGGUAAAAAGUCUCCCCUGUCUUCCAUUCUUUUUAGUGCUUUAGAUUCUGACACAAGGAUAACAGCUUUACUACGACGGCAGGCUGAUAUUGAAAACCGUGCCCGCAGAUUACAGAAGCGCUUACAGGUUGUGCAAGCCAAGCAGGUGGAGAGGCACAUUCAGCAUCAGCUGGGUGGAUUUUUAGAGAAAACUUUGAGCAAACUGCCAAACUUGGAAUCCCUGAGGCCCCGAAGCCAGUUGAUGCUGACUCGAAAGGCUGAAGCUGCAUUGAGAAAAGCUGCCAGUGAGACCACCACUUCAGAAGGACUUAGUAACUUCCUGAAAAGUGAUUCCAUUUCAGAAGAAUUGGAGAGAUUUACAGCUAGUGGUAUAGCCAGCUUGAGGUGCAGUGAACAAGCAUUUGACUCAGAUGUCACUGACAGUAGUUCAGGAGGAGAGUCUGAUAUUGAAGAGGAAGAACUGACCAGAGCUGAUCCUGGGCAGCGUCAUAUACCUCUGUGAGUAGAACCCAUGCAUAAUGACAUUCUUGAGAGAGGGAACACAGGAGAAAGACUUGGUGAAUUCCCAUCACGGGGAGAAUGGGAUUCUUUGUUUAUAAGUACCUAGAUUCCAUUUGUCUUUUUUCUAAUUUUAGGUAGGUGAAUGCAUAUAUUGUUAGUGACGAAAUGGAAGAUAUUUCUGGUAUAGUUGCUGUAGGCUAAAAGCUGCUAAUUUAUUUUUAAAAUCUAAUUUAUUAAAAAUAGACAUCUAUUUGUAAAACUGUA